AUGCCCCGCCAGCCCUCGGCCAGAGCCCAGCGGCGCCUGCCCCUGCCCCCUGCCCCCCUGCACUGCCCCAGCACCCCCGUGGCCCCCACACUAAAGUGCGGCCGGGCCCCCUCCCGACAGGGGCCGCCCCCACCGCCCCCUCCUGGUGCCCGGGGCGGCCCGGCCCGCAGGGCUAUGAAGCUGCAGGCUGUGAUGGAGACGCUCCUGCAGCGGCAGCAGCGGGCACGCCAAGAACUGGAGGCCCAGCAGCCUCCAGGCCGCGCAGAUGGCCACCCUAGCCGCCCCGCGGGCCGCUGCCGCCAGCCUUGGCCAUGCGCCCAGUCCCAGCUCGGAGGACGGGCCCCCGGCUCGGAGGAUGAGGAUGCGGCCCUGGAGGGGGCACCGGGCUCGCCCACGCCGCCCGGCCGAGGCAGGGAGGCAGUCAGCCUCCCCACGGGCGAUGGCCGCUUUGAGGAUGCGGGCUCCGACGAUGACCUGAAGCCAAAAUGGGAGGAGGAGGAGGAGGUGCUGAAGGAAGGCCUGGGGGACGACGAAGGGGAUGAGGAGGAUGAGGACUAUGAGCAUGAGGAGGGGCUUGGGCCCACGGGCGCCGCCAGCCUGGGCCCCGCAGCCCUGUUCUCCCACAACGCUCAGCUGCUCCAGGCCUUCCGCGGUGACAGUGGAUCCCGGGCACUGGGUGGCCAGGAGCCCCCGGGGACUGGCCCGGCUGUCCCCGGAGGGGCUGCUCAUGCUGCACCUCAGCUGCAGCCACCAGACCACGGGGACUGGACGUAA